GAGAUGACCUCCAAAAGGAAGCUGAUCGGCCGCCUGGUGCCGUGCCGGUGUUUCCGCGGGGAGGAGGAGAUCGUCUCCGUGCUGGAUUAUUCCCACUGUGGCCUGCAGCAGGUGCCAAAGGAGGUUUUCAACUUCGAGCGGACCCUGGAGGAGCUUUACCUCGAUGCCAACCAGAUCGAGGAGCUUCCCAAGCAACUGUUCAACUGCCAGGCCCUGCGGAAGCUGAGCAUUCCCGACAACGACCUCUCCAGCCUCCCCACCUCCAUCGCCAGCCUGGUCAACCUCCGCGAGCUCGACAUCAGCAAGAACGGAAUCCAAGAUUUCCCAGAAAACAUUAAGUGUUGCAAGUGUUUAACGAUAAUCGAAGCCAGCGUCAAUCCCGUGUCCAAGCUGCCAGAUGGCUUCACACAACUUCUAAAUUUGACCCAGCUCUAUCUAAAUGAUGCCUUUUUGGAGUUUCUUCCAGCUAACUUUGGAAGACUUGUUAAAUUGCGAAUUUUGGAGUUAAGAGAAAACCACUUGAAAACUCUACCAAAGUCAAUGCACAAACUGACUCAGCUGGAGAGGCUCGAUCUGGGCAAUAAUGAGUUCUCUGAGCUGCCUGAGGUUCUUGAACAAAUCCAGAAUCUGAAGGAGUUGUGGAUGGACAAUAAUUCCUUGCAAGUGCUACCUGGGUCUAUAGGGAAGUUAAAACAGCUCGUGUACCUGGAUGUGUCCAAAAACAGGAUCGAGACAGUGGACCUGGACAUCUCGGGCUGUGAGGGGCUCGAGGAUCUGCUCCUCUCAUCCAACAUGCUGCAGCAGCUGCCAGAUUCCAUAGGAUUGUUGAAGAGACUGACAACUCUGAAAGUGGAUGACAACCAGCUCACGAUCCUGCCCAAUGCCAUUGGAAACUUGUCCCUGCUGGAGGAAUUCGACUGCAGCUGCAACGAGCUGGAGUCUCUGCCCUCCACCAUCGGGUACCUGCACAACCUGCGCACCCUGGCCGUGGAUGAGAACUUCCUCCCGGAGCUGCCCAGAGAAAUUGGGAGCUGUAAGAACGUGACUGUGAUGUCCCUGCGCUCCAACAAACUGGAAUUUCUUCCUGAUGAGAUUGGCCAGAUGCAGAAGCUGAGGGUGUUAAAUCUGAGUGAUAACAGGCUGAAGAAUUUGCCCUUCACUUUCACCAAACUCAAGGAGCUGGCAGCCCUGUGGCUUUCUGACAACCAGUCCAAGGCUCUGAUCCCGCUGCAGACGGAGGCGCAUCCCGAGACCAAGCAGCGAGUGCUCACCAACUACAUGUUCCCCCAGCAGCCCCGCAGCGACGAAGAUUUCCAGUCAGACAGCGACAGCUUUAACCCCACUCUAUGGGAGGAGCAGAGGCAGCAGAGAAUGACUGUGGCCUUUGAAUUCGAGGACAAGAAGGAAGAGGAGGAAAAUCCAGGGAAAGUCAAGAGCACCCAAGGCAGAUCGAGCAAACCACGAGGGAAGUGCCCUCGGCCCAGCACCGUAACCAGGCCCUGCCUUCAUUCUGUAUUUCUGCUUCCAUUGCGAAUUUUAACUCACCCUUCUGUGACUGUUCAGGUUGAGAUAAACCUCAAGCGUUACCCCACUCCAUACCCCGAGGAUUUAAAGAACAUGGUGAAAUCUGUGCAAAACCUGGUGAGCAAACCCAGCCUGGGAGUGCGGCCCGAGAACUCGGCCCCGGCUGCCAACAGUGACCCCACGGGGAAGGACAAGUACGAGCACAAGUGGCCCCUGACCCCCAAGGAGAUCUCAGUGGAGGAUGCCUUUGGACAUCCUGGCAGUGAGAUGAGGAUAGGGGAGCUCCGUCCUUCCAUCCCCGAGACGCCGCUCUACCCCCCGAAACUCAUCCUGCUGGGUAAAGACAAGAAAGAGUCGACAGAUGAGUCUGAAGCAGAUAAGAUCCAUUGUCUGAAUAACAGCGUUUCCUCAGGCACUUACUCAGACUAUUCCCCUUCCCAGGCUUCCUCAGGGUCCUCCAACGCGCACGUAAAAAUGGGCUCCCUGCAGACCACGGCUAAAGAAGCAGUGAAUAACUCUUUGUGGGGGAACAGGCUGGCCCAGUCGUUCCCACAGCCCCUGGAGACCAAGCCAUUGCUGAGCCAGCGGGAAGCGGCUCCGGCCGGGAACGUCCCGGCGCGCCCGGAGCGGCGCCCGCUGAGCGACGCCUUCGCCGACAGCUGGAACGACGGCUCCCACUACGACAACACGGGGUUCGUGGCCGAGGAGAGCGCGGCAGAGAACGCCAGCACCAACCCCCUGCUGAGCACCAAAUCCAGGAGCUCCUCCGCGCACGGGCGCCGGCCGCUGAUCCGGCAGGACAGGAUUGUGGGGAUCCCCCUGGAGCUGGAGCAGCCCGCGCUCAGAAACACACACGACUCUGAAGUGCCUCCUCCCAAUCCUUGGCAAAAUUGGACCAGAACCCCCAGUCCUUUUGAAGACAGGACAGCUUUUCCUUCCAAACUGGAAAGCACCCCCAACACCAGCCCUUUGCCCGAGCGGAAAGAUCACGUCAAGGAGUCUCCCGAAAUGACGAGCACUUUCACUCCAGGAAUUCCGUGGGAAUAUCACGACUCCAACGCUAACAGGAGCCUCACAAACGUCUUUUCUCACAUGCACUGUCGCCCGGACCCUUCCAAAAACGUCAUCUCCAUCAGCAAGAGCACGGAGCGGCUCUCCCCGAUGAUGAGGGAUUUAAAAACGAACAAGUUUAAGAAGUCACAGAGCAUCGACGAGAUCGACAUCGGUGCGUACAAGGUCUACAACAUCCCCCUGGAAAACUAUGCAUCCGGGAACGACACCGUGGGCCCCCACGAGAGGGUGGACAAGCUGCUGGGCCCGGAGCACGGCGUGCUGAGCAUGUCCCGCAGCCAGUCCGUGCCCAUGCUGGACGACGAGCUGCUGACCUACGGCAGCGUCAAGGUGCAGCCGCAGCACAAGGCGUCGGUCACCAAGAAAGUCUAUCAGUUCGACCAAAGCUUCAACCCCCAGGGCGCCGUGGAGCUGCCGGCCGACAAGCGGCUCCUGCCGCCCUUCCAGCUCAACGCCGAGUACCUGCCCCAGCCGGCCAAGAGCCUGCCCCAGGAGCUGGUGAGCCCGCGGGGCUACCGUGGCUAUGCACCCGUGGAGCCCAUGUUCUCCUUCUCGCAGCCCUCGGUCGGCGAGGAGCCGCCGGCCGCCCCCUUCCCUGGCCCGGCCGCGCGGCCCGGCUUCCUGCGCAGGGCGGAUUCGCUGGUCAGCUCGGCGGAGAUGUCGGUGUUCCGCAGGGUGGGCGAGCCCCAGGAGCUGCCCCCGGCGGACAGGUACGGCCGGGCCCCGUUCCGCGGCGCCCCGGAGCGCCAGGGCAGCAUGGCCGUGCCCGAGGCCCAGUUCCUCAAGCGCAACGGGCGCUACGAAGACGAGCACCCUUCCUACCAGGAGGUGAAAGCCCAGACUGGGAGCUUCCCAGUUAAAAACCUCACGCAAAGGAGGCCCCUGUCAGCACGAAGCUACAGCACAGAGAGCUACGGCACGGCCCAAACGCGGCCGGUCUCAGCGAGGCCCACCAUGGCAGCUCUGCUGGAAAAGAUUCCGUCAGACUAUAACUUGGGUAACUAUGGCGACAAGCCUUCCGAUAGCAGUGAUAUAAAGCCGAGGCCUCCCCCUGGGAAGGGAAAUGAGAGCUGUGCUAAAAUGCCCGCUGACUGGAGACAACAGCUACUUAGACAUAUAGAAGCUAGAAGGUUAGACAGGAGCGCUGCUUACAAACACCACACAGUUAGCCUUGGCAUGCUGCACUCUGGAGGGGUUUCAGCCAUGCAUGCCGGCCGAAGCAUGACUUUAAACUUGCAGCCUAAAUCUAAAUUUGAAAACCAAAUGCUUCAAGAGCUACCUCUACCGAAAACCCCGUCGCAGCAGAGCAGCCUCCUGGACAACGGGCAGGACGAGGUGGCCGUGGGCAGCCCCUGGACCCCGUACCCGCUGGGCCGGCGGGACGUGCCCCCCGACACCGUCACCAAGAAGGCAGGUAGCCACAUCCAGACGCUGAUGGGAUCGCAGAGCCUGCAGCACCGGAGCCGGGAGCAGCAGUACGAGGGCAGCAUGAACAAGGUCACCAUCCAGCAGUACCAGCCGCCCCUGCCCAUCCAGAUCCCGUCAUCCCAGAGCUCCCGGGCCCCCCAGCCCCAGCGGUGCCUCAUCCAGACCAAGGGCCAGCGCAGCACGGACGCCUACCAGGAGCAGUUUUGUGUGAGGAUAGAGAAGAAUCCUGGCCUUGGGUUUAGUAUCAGUGGUGGAAUAAGUGGACAAGGAAAUCCAUUCAAACCUUCUGAUAAGGGUAUCUUUGUUACUAGGGUUCAGCCUGACGGCCCUGCCUCCAGCCUGCUCCAGCCCGGAGACAAAAUCCUCCAGGCCAAUGGACACAGCUUUGUACACCUGGAACACGAGAAGGCUGUGCUCCUACUGAAGAGUUUCCAGAACACAGUAGACUUAGUUAUCCAACGUGAGCUUACUGUCUAAAUAUUUUUUUAUAAAUAGUAAAUAUGUCUAGCCAGAUCUAAUGCUCAAACAGAUUUAUACAUAGGAAACCAAUUUUUUGCCAAUUGCUGGACCAAUGGCAAACAGUAGUGCCAAAUGUAUAAUACUCUAUGUUAGUACCAAUCAUCGGGAGAAAAUAUAAGAAUUAACUCUAUAAAUAUAUUGUUCAUGUGG